AUAUUUAAUAUGUCAGUGUGUUGGCAGGUGAGGAACGGUCACAUCAAGAGGGUCACAGACGAGGACAUCUGCUCACUGGUGCUGGAGAUCGUGGGGACAAACAUCAGCACCACGUAUUUAACAUGUCCUGCAGACCCAGAGAAGACACUGGGCAUCAAACUUCCUGUUCUGGUCAUGAUCAUCAAAAACCUCAAGAAGUACUUCACCUUCGAAGUCCAGGUGUUAGAUGAUAAAAACGUUCGCCGGAGGUUUCGGGCGAGUAACUUUCAGAGCACGACACGAGUGAACACGUUUACCUGCACCAUGCCCAUGAGACUGGACACGGGCUGGAACCAGAUCCAGUUCGACCUGUCGGACUUCACCAGGAUGGCCUACGGGACCAACUACACAGAGACACUGCGUGUGCAGAUCAACGCUAACUGUCGCAUAAGGAGAGUGUUCUUUGCAGACCGACCGUACUCUGAGGACGAGCUCCCAGCAGAGUUUAAACUCUACCUGCCCGUCCAGACCCAGACAGCUAAGCAGUAAAGACUCUGUCCCUGCUCUGAUGUGGAGCUGUGAGAUUUAUCUGUGUGAAGAGUCCUGAUGAAGUUUAAAAACCUGGUGAUAGUUUUAUUUGUGGGAGUUUGAGUUUACACAAUAAAGUUUGUUCUGGAC